UUGCGACCAGCGGCGGUCGAAGCGGCGAGGAUGGGCGGUCGGAGGAGCAGAACAGAAACCUUUUGUCCGUCGAAUUCAACACCCGACUCUUUCUUUCUUCUCUUAUUCAUCUUCUUAUUGUCUGUCUGUUGCUUGAAUUGCUCAGAAGCAAAGCUUUUACACAGACAUAUAAGCCCAUUCUCAGCAUCUCCUCUCCUCAUCAGCAGAUUUCCAGUUUUUCCGUGCUCGGGUUCUGCUCACUUCUCUCUCAACUUCCUGUCCACGACUUAUCUCGACCGCGACAGAAUAUUCCAAUCCAAUCAAAACCCACACAAUCUCUUAUAAGUUAGAAAAUGGCUUCCCGUGCUAUUAUCCGGUCUACUCAGAGCCAGCUGGCGGCGAGCGUCAAGUGCUCGGCCGUUGCUAAGCCUCUCGGAUCCGCGGCUGUCUUUGACCAGAAGCGGUACGCGUCCAACUUCUACACCACCGACAACACAUACAAGGUCCCCGACUUUAGCCAUUACCUCAAGAAAGGCAAGGGCGACGACACCUCGCGCGUGUACUCAUACUUCAUGAUUGGCUCCCUGGGCCUUCUCUCCGCCGCCGGCGCAAAGGCCACCGUCCAGGACUUUUUGUCAAACAUGUCCGCCUCCGCCGACGUCCUCGCGCUCGCAAAGGUCGAGGUCGAUCUCUCGUCGAUCCCCGAGGGCAAGAACGUCAUCAUCAAGUGGCGCGGCAAGCCCGUCUUCAUCCGCCACCGCACCUCGCACGAGAUCGCAGAGGCGAACGCCGUCAACGUCGCGUCCCUCCGCGAUCCCCAGAACGACGCGGACCGUGUGAAGAAGCCCGAGUGGCUUAUCAUGCUCGGCGUUUGCACUCACUUGGGUUGUGUGCCUAUCGGUGAGUCGGGCGAGUUUGGCGGUUGGUUCUGCCCUUGCCACGGUUCCCACUACGAUAUCUCCGGCCGUAUCAGAAAGGGUCCCGCCCCUCUCAACCUCGAGAUCCCCGAAUACGAAUUCUCGGCCGAGGACAAGCUCACCAUCGGUUAAACCCUCUUCAUCUUCUCAUCUCUUCUAUUUCAAUUCCCUUUCUUCCUUUCAAUUUCUAGUUUUCUCCCUUUUCAUUUUCAUAUAUAAAUUGGACAAAAAAAUACGAUAUAAACGUGCUUUGUGUGUUAGUUAGUUUAGUUGUCAUUAAUCAUAAUUUCUCAUUUACGAUGCAUGUAUAUUUGUGAAUAUAUGUACAUUUCUUAUAUCUUCUGGCCGUGCGUAGAUUUGCUAUCUUCGUGUGUCGGAUACCGCUUGGAUAGCUGUAGAUGGGGGGUGUCUUUUGGUAAGUCUGAAGAUUCGUAUAUCUGUACACGGUAGAGAUUGUGAUUGUAUAUUACUAUUACUAUUACUAUUACUAUUACUAUUACUAUUACUAUUACUAUUACUAUUACUAUUACUAUUACUAUUACUAUUACUAUUACUAUUACUAUUACUAUUACUAUUACUAUUACUAUUAC